CGCAAACGGCAGAACAAACUCCAGUUUUCAUCAGAGAGACCGACGAUGGUGAGACGUUUGUCGGGAGUUUCGGACGCGCAGCGAUGAGCCACGACCACGACGCCGGGACACUGAUGUGUCCCGACGCGUUCCGCUGGACCACCUAAGAGAAUUCUCGUAACCGUGCGAACGAGACGAAUCGCUCAUCUCAUGAACGUUACCUCGCCACCACGGCGCGCGAUGCAACGUUACUCUGGAGAUAAUAGUCCUCCUGCUCACGCACAUUCCGGCGACGCGUGUGCGUGUGCGUGUGCGUGUGUGCGCGUGCAUGCAUGAAGUCGAUGCACACUUCUCCAUGGGAACUCCGUUGCAUUCUCGUUAUUUACCGCGCCAUGCGUUCUUCCGCCGACCUGCCAUUCAUCUACCAUAAAUCGAACGUUACUGAUUGACGCGUGCGUCUUUGUCAGCGAAUCCAUCGGAAUCAUCGGCCGAAUUAGUGAUAAUGCGGAGGAUGCAGCAGGAUAAGUGGCAGUAUUAAAAAUACAACGGCAGAAGACAAAUAUUCUCGACAUCCGCAUCUGUGAUAUUCGGCAAUACAUCAAACCAUUAUCACAUAUAUUAUCUAAUCAUAUUCACUAUCAGGUAUAUUAUGAUAAGAGCAAAUCGAUAUCCAACGGCCAAUACAGCAGUGCUAACUGAUGCAGUUCAAAAUGUCCGUUUGAGUUGGGAUCAAUGUCACUCUUAUAUUAACGAUCACACGACUGAGACAUAAAUAAUCUGGACAAACAUGAGGGUGACAGCGUGUCAUUUUCGUCGCUGUAUAAUAGCAGGACUAUGCGUAGCACUUUUAUUUUGUGUCAUUCAAGUAAUACGAAUAGAGUUAGGAUUUAAUGAAUCUGAUAUGUCAAAUUUAAACAAAUUAAUGUAUAUAUCACAAUUGAUUAAAGAAUCAGAACAGUCAUACGUGAGAGAUGGUGUUGUUGCGUGCAAAUUACCUCAGUUAAAUAUCUCUAGUCCAGAAAUAAUGAAAUUCAUACAUAAUGUACCACCCUUAACUUGUGGACAAGAAGACUGGGUUAUAGUGGAAGGUUCGAGACUUGUUAUUACUAAUAAAGCAAAGACGAAACAUGGACAAAUAAUAUGCAUCUUCAGUGAAAUUGUCAGAGCAGACGACUACAAUACAAAAUUAUUGGACGGUAUACAGGCUGAUGAUUUUUACAUUCUGCGGGAGAGCGAUUUUGCAGAUGUCAGAUGCAAGUCGAAAAGCGGAAGCGUGUGGCAUAGUAUACUCGCUGGUGUGAAAUACGAACCGUAUAUCAAGCAGAAACACAACUGGGAGAACGUACCAAAAACGGGCCUAAAAUUGAACGUGCUCAUGUUCGGCUUCGAUUCGCUGUCGCGAAAUACAUUCAUUCGCAAACUGCCGAAAACUUAUAGUUUCAUGAAGCAACUGAACGCUCUGGUGCUAGAGGGAUACAAUAUCGUAGGGGAUGGCACUCCACAGGCGCUCAUCCCGAUUUUAACCGGCAAGAUCGAGCUCGAGUUACCAGAGACGCGAAAACGAAUUCAAAAUGCGAAUUACGUCAACAUAUAUCCCAUGAUAUGGAAUAAAUAUGAAGAACAUGGGUACAUAACGAGUUUUAUGGAAGACGUACCGCACAUCGGGACGUUCACUUAUCGCUUGAAGGGAUUUGACAAGCAACCGACCCACCACUACAUGCGCACUUAUUAUUUAGCUGCUUCUUCAUACUUCAAAACUUAUAAUAAAUUCUGUAUAGCUGGUACGCCACGUCAUAUGGUGAUGAUGAAUUACAUAAAAACGAUAUUCAAUACAUAUAAAAACCAGCCAAAAUUCGCAUUUGGAUUUCAUGGAGAAUUAUCUCAUGACUCUUACAACGAUAUCGGAGUGGUGGAUGACGAUUUGUAUUCUUGGGUAAAAGAUCUCAAUGAUCUUGGGCAUUUAAACAAUACCAUUUUAAUUUUGAUGAGCGAUCAUGGACACAGAUUUGCGGAUAUUCGUAAUACUCUACAAGGCAAGCAAGAGGAAAGACUGCCGUUUUUCUCCUUCACUUUUCCACCCUGGUUCAAGCAAGCUCACCCACAAGCAUAUGCAAACUUUGUCUACAAUACGCAAUAUUUGACGUCACCAUUUGACGUACAUAAGACAUUAGAGAACAUACUAAAUUUUGAUACACCAAAAGAUGGAGAUCGUCGUCAAAGAGCCAUCAGUUUGUUCGACAAGGUGCCUCUGGAUAGAACAUGCGCAGAUGCAUUCAUAGAGCCUCAUUGGUGUGCUUGUCUCGGAUGGAAGGAAGUCUCAAUUGAUGACACAAACGUUGUGGCUGCUGCCAAUUAUUUCGUACAAUUCCUUAAUGGUUACACCGAAGAUCAUCAUAAUAUAUGCGCGAUAUUACAUUUGGACGAGAUCUUAUGGGCUGCUAAGCUGAUACCCACCAAAGGUUUACUUAAUUUCCGAAAAUCCGGAGACCAAGACGGUUUUAUAGGUGAUUUUAGUGCCAAAACUAAAAUAAUGACUGAGAUUUAUCAAUUAAAAGUAAGAACGGCACCAAGUGACGCAUUGUUUGAAGUUAGCAUCACUCAAGAUCUUCGGAAAAAUACUUUUCAUACAAAGAUCUCUGACGUUAGUAGAAUUAAUAUGUAUGGGUCUCAGGCGAGGUGUGUAGAGAACUCGCUGUUUCAUUUACGCAAAUAUUGUUAUUGCAAAGAAUAGAUAAAACAUUUAAAAAUACUGUACAUUCAGGAGUAGCGUGCAUCGAAACAUCAAUCAAGAAGAACUACUCGUAGAACAAUUUCAUUUUUAUACUAAGAAAAAUAAUUUUAGUUUUCUUCUUUCAAGUAAUGGUUAUCUUUGCCGAGAAUAUUUUCUUGAUAAUAGUCUUAAAAUGCACUCAUCAUUCACAAGUAAUAUUUAUUUUUUAAAUAAACUUCUGUGUUAAUUAAAUAUUACUUCAAAUAUUUCGUAAGUUUAUAUAUCCGCAAAUUUAUUAGUUCAUCAAAAACAUCAAAUUUAUUUCAAAUAUAUGUAUAUUCUGAAUCCUAAUAUCUUAAAAUACUUCAAUCAGAAAUAUUAAGUCAAAACAAGAAUUUGAUUUUUUGAAUGCUCAAUAAUUUUUCUUAGAUAAAAUUUAAAAUGUUUUUCGAAUAUAAAUUCCUUUUUUGGAGUAAAUAAUAAUAAAUUUUUGUGACGAGUAUUUUAAGAUAAUUAUCAAGAAAACACUCUUUGUUAUAGAUAACUGUUACUUAAUAAAAGAAAAAAAAAUAAAUUUAGUAAUCGCUUUUCUCAGCAACAGAAUUGAUAUUUUUCUGUAUUUAGCACGAGGGAGGAUAUUUAAAUUUUAAAUAAAAGUGCUGUGAUUAAUAUCAGUUUCUUUUCGCUAUACGCGAAGUUGCGCAUAUUAGACUGCAUUGUAUUUAUUUUCAUUGAAAUAAUUAUUUACUGAUAAAUGCAAAUAUUAUUAAAAAUAUCAUAUGGUACAUAUCAUUAUGAAAGUUUUCAUAUUUAUCACAAUAAUGAUUAUAUAGAUAACAACAUUUUAAUCUAUGAUACAGAAUGUUUUACAUGUAUUGCUUAUGUUCAAAAGAUUUCGAUAAAUGAUUGCGUUUGCAUAAUAUCGCCUAAGAUUAUUAUAUAUGUGUAAAAUGACUAAAAGUACAUAUAAAUGAUAAUAUUUGGCGAUUGAUCAUAAUGUUCAAAUUAUUUAAAAUUUUUAUAAAACGCAUUAGCAUAUGAGUUUCCAAACUUUUUGUGUGGAAUUAAUACGUGUGCCAACAUAUUAAAAAUGUAAUAAUUUAAAAUUUUUCGAAUAUUUUUAUUAGGAAUCGUGUUAUUAGGUUUCAAUUUUAUUUUUUUUAUUUUUUAUUUUUUUUUACUAAAAGGAAAAAUAAUAGUAUAUAAUAAUGAUGAUACGGAGAAAAAGAUUCUAUCUAUACCGUAAAGGAAAAGGCUCGUAAUAUAUAAGAUGCAGAUGUUUAGAUAUUAUUAAUUGUAAUACAUCUGUAUAAUAAAAUACAAGCUAAUAUGUAUGCUAGUCAUAUCUAAGUCAUAAGAA